AGAGCGGCUGCAGCUCGUGGCUGGCCAGAGCCCGCCCGCCGCCAGAUGCUCUGCUUGCCCGGCUGGCGCUGAGCUCUGCCGGCUCCUGCCCCCCACAAAGGAGGGACGAAUCCCGAGGAAGCGACGCGCCUCCCGCGGGGAAGGAGCCGGGCAGCGGGUCGGUCCGGAUGCGGUGAGCGCCGCGUCGCCUCCGGGGCUGCCUUAGCGGAAGGCAGGAGAGAGAGAGAAGCGGGGAUCGGGCACCGCCGGCCACCACCAUGGGCUGCUGCACCGGGCGCUGCACGCUGAUCUUCCUAUGCGCGCUGCAGCUGCUGGCUGCAUUAGAGAGGCAGAUCUUUGACUUUCUUGGCUUCCAGUGGGCUCCUAUUCUUGGCAAUUUUCUACAAAUAAUAAUUGUCAUAUUGGGUUUGUUUGGAACCAUCCAGUUUAGGCCUCGAUACAUAGUUGUGUACACGGUGUGGACUGCCCUCUGGGUCACCUGGAAUGUUUUCAUUAUCUGCUUCUAUUUGGAAGUAGGCGGGCUUUCUAAGGAAACUGAUCUCAUGACCUUUAAUAUUUCAAUGCACCGUUCCUGGUGGAGAGAGCAUGGGCCAGGCUGCAUACGGAGAGUGGUGCGCCCUUCAGCCCCUGGGAUCCUAGACGAUUACUCCUAUGUCUCUGUGACGGGCUGCAUCAUUGACUUCCAGUAUCUCGAGGUCAUUCACAGCGCCAUCCAAAUAUUACUGUCUUUGAUUGGUUUUGUGUAUGCCUGUUACGUGAUCAGUGUUUUCAUGGAAGAAGAGGACAGCUGUAAGUACUGAUACACAUCUACUCAUCUCUGGAGCUACAGUGUCUGGGGUCGAACUAAGUAAUGAACAUUGACUCAGCACUGCUGCUGUUGCUGAAGAAGCAGCCUUCAGAAGAAAAGAUCAACGUUGUGAACCGUUGUCACAGAAGACACGUCCUAUAUUUCUCACUGAGUGUGUGGAUUGCUCUUCCCACAUGGGACUGAAUCCUUCAGUCACAGCCUCGGUAUCAUUAUCAUCAUCGCCAUUAGAUGGAUACUUGUAGAUGAUCUUGGAUUUUUUAAAUUGUUUACUUAUAUGGACAAUUGUAAAUUGUAAAUUGUUUUCUUUUUUUAAUUUUGUUUUUUACAAUACCUAGUGUUAAGGCAUGAAAACAAAUCCGCCUGUGAAAAUUAUGAGAGAAGAAUGUGUGUUCUCAAGAAACUCAGUAGUUCUGGACUGAUACAGUCAUACUGUGCCUGGCAAAGAUAGUGCUGGAAAAUGAUAAUAUGACUCCAGAAUACAUGUCAGGGGUCAGACACCUAUAGUGUCAUAUGGACUGUCUUCAAUAAUGUAUCAGACAUUCACAAAGUCUGCACCUAAUGUUGGUUAAGCUACUGUAUGUAGUAGAAACUGAUAAAUAAUUCUUCUUUUCCAGAUGUCCUAAUUACCAAUGUGCUUGGCUAAAUAUUCUAAUUCAUAUAUGGUUUCUUCUUCCUCUUUUUGUCUUCUCCCCUGCACCCACAAACAGUAGUUGUUUGUGAGUUGAAGAGAAGAGAAAUGGAUGUUCUCUGUUGCUGUCAGUCUCCAAGAACCCUUAAAUGCAGGGCUCUUUUAGAUGUCUGUAAUUUGCACCUUUUUUUUUUCCCUUUUCCCCUCUUCCCAGGAAGAAGCCAAGCAUGAAUGUACAAUAGAAGCACCAUCUACAGCCUUAGGAGACUCUGGAGUGAAUUUUGUUCUUAAUUUAAAAGUAAACAAGAAAAUCUGGAUAUGAAAAUGUGUAUAAAAGUUUGUAAAGUUUUCUGUAAAUACUUAUAGAAAAAGAACAUGUAUGUAACUGUGCGGCAUUUUGUUUUAUAUUCAGUCACCACCAGUAUAAAAAGAAAAGUCAUACACAAAAGCUAUUUUCUUUUUAGGAAGACUUUUUUCAUAAUUUCUUUUUUAUGAGUUACUAUUUAAAAUAUUGCACAUGAUACAAGCCUGAGAGAAUGAAAUCUUCUGUCUCUUCAUGGAACCAGUACUCUCUCAGCAGCAGCAUCACAAGCUUCCUCAUAAAGGUCUGCCAAUCAGCCUCAGGUUUUGGAAGAAAAACCUGUAGGGCUGUGAGAGUGCUUCCAUCUUUGUGCUUACUCAGUUUGUUACUUCUUUGAUGAAACUGUCAGAAGGGAUGGCAUUUGUGAUGUGCACACCUGCACGUCCAUUAGGAACUGGACUGAGGCCACCAGGUUCUUUCAUAUAAGCCACAAAGAGUCUUUAGAUGCUAAUGACUUCUGGUCCAUCAUCAAUGGGCUGAGGCAUUGUCUUCUGUGAAGCUUACUUCACUUGCAUUUUCGGUUAUUGACAGAUUACAACUAGACUAAGGCUUGCCUUGGUUCUAUACAUUGGAAACUAUAUUUGUGCUAUUUACCAACAAGAACCUAAUCAAAAAGUCAGCAAACAUAAUGCUGUCCAUCAUUUUUAGAGUGUUGAGAACAGAGGGUCUUGUGGUGCUUUCCCCUCUUUCACAUUCAGCUCAACCAAAGACCACACUGUCUUUUGUGAAGAAAUAGCUCUUGCCAUCAUUUCACAUAGGCUACUUUUUCCUGAAACUAUGUAUGAAACUGCCAAGCCAAUAACAAGCAAGAAUGACAAUGCAAUAAAAUCACUUGUCAGUAUUUUCUAUGACUAGGUAGUACAGGACAAUAUGCACUGCUAGAAGUCAAACCGUGCCAAAAAAGGAGAUACUUUGUGCAAAAGAUAAUACCACACUUUUCUGAGUCUCUGUGUUCAUCUGUUGUUCCCUGCUGCACCCUGAUGCCAGAUAUUUGGUCUACCCUGUCUUGAAGUCGUCCUCUUCUGAGAAUGUCAAAAAUGGAUAUUUUGUCACAAAACUAAUAUGAGAACAGUCAUUUUUGAGACACCACAACUGGACCUCAGAAGAUCAGACUGCAGAACAGUUAAUAUUUGUAAAUCACUUAUAUUUGAAAAAAAAAUGUCUCUCUGUAGGUUUUAUUUUUUUAGUUUGUAGUCAUGCACAUGAUUUAGUUUCUUAUACAUACAGCCUUACAUAACAACCUAUAAGAAUAUAAUACAGCUAACAGGUGCCUACAACUCUCUCUUGUCUAUGUCAGUGCAUUUCAGAGUCGAGGGGUUGUUUUCUUUAAGUUUUGUUAAAACUUGUUUACAUGCCUGAAUACUCCACUUUUCACUGCUCCACACAUUUAGGGGUGUUCAGCACAUACUCCUGCAGUUCCUCCCUGCUGCUGGAGCCUUUGCCCAUGCCAGGGAGCAGUGGAAGCGGCUUUUCAUUACGGUGUUUAGCUACACAUAUCCUACAUGCCACCAGCAGUGUAGCCAAGGCCACACCUUUGACUAUAGUGUAGACAUACCCUCCAAUUGCUACAUUUAUCUCCUACCAUGAGUGAAGGGGAAAGCUGGUCAUCUCAAACACCAACAGUAGCAAACUCUGACUUUUUAAUGGCAAGCACUGUAUGCUUCUCUGAGUCAGGCUGUUUAAUUUCCUUUCACUUUAGAUUUAUCUGAUUAAAAAAACCAACCCAGCAAUCUAUCAAGGUCCUAUAACAGUGUUUGACAGUGGCAAACAAAAAUUGACAUCCCAAACUAAUUGGCUUGCCUCCUUUUAGAAUCAGUCUUAUUUAGUUUAAUUAUAAUAAAUUACAAGCUGGGAGCUGUUUUGUGCAGUGAAUAAGUUUUCUUCCAAUGCAGUAAAACACUCAAUAUUUACAUACCCCGUUUCUACAUAUCUUCUUUGAGAAACCACUUCAGCUCUUAUCCAAUGUAUAAAACCGUUGGCCAGAAACCACUUGUUUAAAAGUCUUCACUCCAGAUCAUUUGCAGUGUUUUUAUACUGGUGAUAGUCCCACAAUAUUAGAAAGACAAGGUGGGCAAGGUGAUUUCUUUUAUUGGACCAACUUUUGUUGGUG